GCAGCAAGCAAUAUUAUGAAAUUCAUGCGUUCGUCUCUUCAGUUUCAUUAAAAAGUACUCCCUACUAUUCUAAUAAUCAACAGUGUCGCGUGGCUCUCACUGAUAAGCGGUGAGCAAAAACAUAAUAGCGAUUGUAAUUAUAAACAACAUAACCGGUAAAGAAGACAUGACAAAUAUUCCACAAUGGAUCAGGGCGGAAUUGUUUGAAAAUUUCGUCAAAGAAGAAUUCCCCGAUUUUCACAAGAUCUCAGCAUUCAAAGUUCAUUCUGCACUCGCACCAGGAGAGAAUUAUGCCUCAAAUAUGUUAAAAGUUCAAUUGGAUAUCGAAAUGAUAGAUGGUUCUGCAGACAAACUUACCUUUAUGUUGAAAGUGCCCAACAAGUACGAGAUAAUGCAAGAACAGUGGGAGGCUUGGGGCCUUUUUGAAAGGGAAUCCCAAAUGUAUAAUCAAAUUGUCCCACAAUUUGAAAAUCUUUAUAAAUUUUAUGGCAAGGAUUUGAAAUUUGGAGCCAAGUUCUAUUGUUUGCCAGUCAGUGACAAGCAUAUUAUGCUGGAAGAUUUGACCAGAAGAGGUUUUAAAUCUCUAAAACGGCAAGACGGCUUAGAUAUGGAACAUUGUAAAAGUGUUCUAAAGAGAAUGGCACAAUGGCAUGCCGCAUCGGCAGCCUGUAUUCAACUUAAAGAUGAACUCACCAAAAUGAGAGGUGUUCUUAAUGUAAGAGCGAAGGAUUUACUACAUCAAAUGUUUGUUGAUGCCAUGAAGGGACUACUAAAGGCCACAAAGCAAUUACCAGGUCACCAAGAAUACUUUGACAAAUUAAAUAAACUAAGUUCGAAUAUACUGGAUAAAGUCUAUCUCAACUGUCAAUGGGAUGAAUCCGAGUUUAAUGUUCUCAAUCAUGGUGAUUGUUGGUCCAACAACAUAAUGUUCCAAUAUGACGGUGAAAGUCGAUUGCAAGCUACCUAUUUUGUUGAUCUACAAGUGCCGCUAUAUGGUUCACCUGCCAUGGAUUUGUACUACUUUAUCUUAUCUUCCAGUAAAUUGGAUUUGAAAAUUGCCCAUUUCGAUGAAAUGAUAAAAUACUAUCAUGAGAAUUUAAUUGAGAAUUUGGUUUUGCUGAAAUAUGAAAAAGACCUUCCUUCGCUCAGGCAUAUCCAUCAAAUGUUAAUAAAAUAUGGUAUAUGGGGUAUCUUUACUGUCAGCACCAUUAUGGCGGCAGCAUUGUGUGAGCCCACCGAGCUGGCCAAUUUGGAUCUACUAAUGGGAGAGUCAGAGGAUUCGGAAAAAUUUAAAGAUCAUAUGUUUCUUAAUGAAAUAUAUUUGAAACAUUUAAAACUUAUUAUACCUUGGUUGAAUUCAAGAGGAGGUUUAGAUUACUAGUAAUAAAUUCAAUUUGAAAAUAUACUAUUCACACCAAAAUCUGUUCUAAACAUAUUCAUUUCUUUUUCAUGAAUCAAAAUUAGGUUUGAACAAGAAACAUGUAGAACCCGCUAAGU